CUAUUUCGUAUAAUAAUGUUAACUUUGAGGAGAUUUUGGGUAAAAUAAUAACUUUUGUUGGAUGGAUCAUAUCAUGAGCCAUUAAGAAAAAGUCCAAAACUUUUCUUCUUCAAAGUUGGACUCAAGUUAGAAAAAGAAAAAAGAGCUAGAGAGAUAUAAAAAUGAAAAGAAAGUUCAUGGCAAAAAACUGAUAUAGACAGAGACACAGAGAGAGAGAAACGUAUCUGAAGAAAAUCUAAAAAAUUCGAUUCAAUUUUUUUCUUACUUUUAAAAGCAAAAAAUCUCACUAAAACAAAAGAAGAAGAAAGAAGAAAGAAAAUGGAAUACCUACAUUUGAAGUGAUGAGAAGAGAUUUUGUGUAUAAUAAUAAUGCAAUGUUCAAUCCUCUCACAACUCAUUACAGGUAACUAAAAUAAUUUCUCCAUGUGCUUGCUUAUUAGUCGUUCUUCCUAAUGUUAUGUUUCUCUCUGUGUUCUUUCUUUCUUUGGUCAAAGCUUUAAUUUUUUUUCUAUUGUUGGAUUUGAGACAGUGAACAUAGCUAUGUUCUUGUUCCAAUAAUAAACAAUCACGCCUGUAAAGAGCUUAUGAUUGAUUAGUGUGUUUUUUAGUAUUAAUUAAUUUCUCUGACAAUAAUUACUUAGUUUUUAAUUCUUCUCUGUAAGAAACCUUUGGAAACUGAGCAAAGUUGCUUCUUUUGAGAACCAUGCGUUUCUUUCUCUCUUUUGUUCUUGAAUUCGCAAAAACAUGUCCUUUUUCGUCUACAGGUUUCUAGGGUUUGUUUCUGUACUAUAAACUAUGUUUAUGGUAACAUUCUUAAUCAUAACUACACUACCAAUGCUUUUAUGUUAUAUGUAUGCAAAAAAGGCUCUAACUUUUGUUUUCUUUCACUAUUGUUUCUUCUUUUGUUCUCUAUUGUUGUAGCUCAGAUAUGAACUGGGCACUCAACAAUCAUCAAGAAGAAGAAGAAGAGCCACGAAGAAUUGAAAUUUCUGAUUCCGAGUCACUAGAAAACUUGAAAAGCAGCGAUUUUUAUCAACUGGGUGGUGGUGGUGCUCUGAAUUCGUCAGAAAAGCCGAGAAAGAUCGAUUUUUGGCGUUCGGGGUUGAUGGGUUUUGCGAAGAUGCAGCAGCAGCAACAGCUUCAGCAUUCAGUGGCGGUGAAGAUGAACAAUAAUAAUAAUAACGAUCUAAUGGGUAAUAAAAAAGGGUCAACUUUCAUACAAGAACAUCGAGCAUUGUUACCAAAAGCUUUGAUUCUGUGGAUCAUCAUUGUUGGGUUUAUAAGCAGUGGGAUUUAUCAGUGGAUGGAUGAUGCUAAUAAGAUUAGAAGGGAAGAGGUUUUGGUCAGCAUGUGUGAUCAAAGAGCUAGAAUGUUGCAGGAUCAAUUUAGUGUUAGUGUUAAUCAUGUUCAUGCUUUGGCUAUUCUCGUCUCCACUUUUCAUUACCACAAGAACCCUUCUGCAAUUGAUCAGGAGACAUUUGCGGAGUACACGGCAAGAACAGCAUUUGAGAGACCGUUGCUAAGUGGAGUGGCUUAUGCUGAAAAAGUUGUGAAUUUUGAGAGGGAGAUGUUUGAGCGGCAGCACAAUUGGGUUAUAAAGACAAUGGAUAGAGGAGAGCCUUCACCGGUUAGGGAUGAGUAUGCUCCUGUUAUAUUCUCUCAAGAUAGUGUCUCUUACCUUGAGUCACUCGAUAUGAUGUCAGGCGAGGAGGAUCGUGAGAAUAUUUUGCGAGCUAGAGAAACCGGAAAAGCUGUCUUGACUAGCCCUUUUAGGUUGUUGGAAACUCACCAUCUCGGAGUUGUGUUGACAUUCCCUGUCUACAAGUCUUCUCUUCCUGAAAAUCCGACUGUCGAAGAGCGUAUUGCAGCCACUGCAGGGUACCUUGGUGGUGCGUUUGAUGUGGAGUCUCUAGUCGAGAAUUUACUUGGUCAGCUUGCUGGUAACCAAGCAAUAGUUGUGCAUGUGUAUGAUAUCACCAAUGCAUCAGAUCCACUUGUCAUGUAUGGUAAUCAAGAUGAAGAAGCCGACAGAUCUCUCUCUCAUGAGAGCAAGCUCGAUUUUGGAGACCCCUUCAGGAAACAUAAGAUGAUAUGCAGGUACCACCAAAAGGCACCAAUACCGUUGAAUGUGCUCACAACUGUGCCAUUGUUCUUUGCGAUUGGUUUCUUGGUGGGUUAUAUACUGUAUGGUGCAGCUAUGCACAUAGUAAAAGUCGAAGAUGAUUUCCAUGAAAUGCAAGAGCUUAAAGUUCGAGCAGAAGCUGCUGAUGUCGCUAAAUCGCAGUUUCUUGCUACCGUGUCUCACGAGAUCAGGACACCAAUGAAUGGCAUUCUCGGAAUGCUUGCUAUGCUCCUAGAUACAGAACUAAGCUCGACACAGAGAGAUUACGCUCAAACCGCUCAAGUAUGUGGUAAAGCUUUGAUUGCAUUGAUAAAUGAGGUUCUUGAUCGCGCCAAGAUUGAAGCUGGAAAGCUGGAGUUGGAAUCAGUACCAUUUGAUAUCCGUUCAAUAUUGGAUGAUGUCCUUUCUCUAUUCUCUGAGGAGUCAAGGAACAAAAGCAUUGAGCUCGCGGUUUUCGUUUCAGACAAAGUACCAGAGAUAGUCAAAGGAGAUUCAGGGAGAUUUAGACAGAUAAUCAUAAACCUUGUUGGAAAUUCGGUUAAAUUCACAGAGAAAGGACAUAUCUUUGUUAAAGUCCAUCUUGCGGAACAAUCAAAAGAUGAAUCUGAACCGAAAAAUGCAUUGAAUGGUGGAGUGUCUGAAGAAAUGAUCGUUGUUUCCAAACAGUCAAGUUACAACACAUUGAGCGGUUACGAAGCUGCUGAUGGUCGGAAUAGCUGGGAUUCAUUCAAGCAUUUGGUCUCUGAGGAGCAGUCAUUAUCGGAGUUUGAUAUUUCUAGCAAUGUUAGGCUUAUGGUUUCAAUCGAAGACACGGGUAUUGGAAUCCCUUUAGUUGCGCAAGGCCGUGUGUUUAUGCCGUUUAUGCAAGCAGAUAGCUCGACUUCAAGAAACUAUGGAGGUACUGGUAUUGGUUUGAGUAUAAGCAAGUGUCUUGUUGAACUUAUGCGUGGUCAGAUAAAUUUCAUAAGCCGGCCUCAUAUUGGAAGCACGUUCUGGUUCACGGCUGUUUUAGAGAAAUGCGAUAAAUGCAGUGCGAUUAACCAUAUGAAGAAACCUAAUGUGGAACACUUGCCUUCUACUUUUAAAGGAAUGAAAGCUAUAGUUGUUGAUGCUAAGCCUGUUAGAGCUGCUGUGACUAGAUACCAUAUGAAAAGACUCGGAAUCAAUGUUGAUGUCGUGACAAGUCUCAAAACCGCUGUUGUUGCAGCUGCUGCGUUUGAAAGAAACGGUUCUCCUCUCCCAACAAAACCGCAACUUGAUAUGAUCUUAGUAGAGAAAGAUUCAUGGAUUUCAACUGAAGAUAAUGACUCAGAGAUUCGUUUAUUGAAUUCAAGAACCAACGGAAACGUUCAUCACAAGUCUCCGAAACUAGCUCUAUUCGCAACAAACAUCACAAAUUCGGAGUUCGACAGAGCUAAAUCCGCAGGAUUUGCAGAUACGGUAAUAAUGAAACCGUUAAGAGCAAGCAUGAUUGGGGCGUGUCUGCAACAAGUUCUCGAGCUGAGAAAAACAAGACAACAACAUCCAGAAGGAUCAUCACCCGCAACUCUCAAGAGCUUGCUUACAGGGAAGAAGAUUCUUGUGGUUGAUGAUAAUAUAGUUAACAGGAGAGUAGCUGCAGGAGCUCUCAAGAAAUUUGGAGCAGAAGUGGUUUGUGCAGAGAGUGGUCAAGUUGCUUUGGGUUUGCUUCAGAUUCCACACACUUUCGAUGCUUGCUUCAUGGAUAUUCAAAUGCCACAGAUGGACGGAUUUGAAGCAACUCGUCAGAUAAGAAUGAUGGAGAAGGAAACUAAAGAGAAGACAAAUCUCGAAUGGCAUUUACCGAUUCUAGCGAUGACUGCGGAUGUGAUACACGCGACCUACGAGGAAUGUCUGAAAAGUGGGAUGGAUGGUUACGUCUCCAAACCUUUUGAAGAAGAGAAUCUCUAUAAAUCCGUUGCCAAAUCAUUCAAACCUAAUCCUAUCUCACCUUCGUCGUAAUCCAAUCUUCCGGCGAGUUUUUUUUCUCUCUCCGCAGCCGGAAGAGUGGACCGAUUCUGCUGAUUGAUAUGCAUUUUGGUUUCUGUACAUACAGUAGGUUCACAAUCUAGAGAUUUUGAAGGUUUUUUUUUCUUUCACCGAAGUAAUGUAGCUUGCCAUGACUAGUGUAUGUUGUUAAACGACAACGUCUAAGACGACGGUUCAGUGUUGAUCUUAGCGUAAGUAUUAAUCCCACGGGAUCGUUUGUACUGUAUCAGAUUUGGUUAGUCGUUUAAACAUUGUAAUGUUCUAAUAAUAACUUUUCCAUAUAUAACAUCUUCUUAUAACUUGAGACGAGACCAUUUUGAUU